AUGACGGGUUGUCAGAAAACCGAUCUUUGUGCUACUUUUGCAUUGAUUUGAUAUUAAAAAAUUAGGGUACCUGCUGGAGUACUCAGGCUUAAACAGAAGAUACACUGAAAUCUUUAAAGAUACAACUUCUUGAAAGGCUAUAAAAAGUACAAUUUGAGGCAGAAUAAAACCCAAAUAUGGAGCUGAGACCAUCAGAAAUAUUUUACUCACAAGAUUCCAUUAUGAACAGAUUUGGUGGUUAUACAAAUCAUGGAAAUACAUACAUAGGUGAAACACUAGACCAAUUAUUGAAAGGCCAUUGUAAUGUGAAUAGCAUACCUACUAUUUCUGUUGUGAAAAAAUACGGAAAAUGGUAUACAUCAGACAAUCGACGAUUAUGGGUUUUCCGAAAGGCAGAGGAGCUAGGGUUCCUCGAAACUAUUGACGUAAAUGAAACGUACUAUCUAAAUGAAAACAAAUUUACAACGGAAAAUGGUGGAGAGUCUAUUCGUGUCCGGGGUGGAACACCUGGCGGAAAUUUAUGGAGAUCGUGGAAACCAAAACGACCCAAUUCAAGCUUUCAACGAUCUAUUCCAACAAGUUAUAAUUUGAAUACAAGUAACGCUUCGUAUUCGCCAAGAAAUACAAGUCCGUCUUAUCCUGUCAGAAACCUAACUACAAAUCACUACAACCAAAACACGUCUCAAAGUAACAGAUCUAGCAUGUCAAGUGUCUUCUCAGAUCGAAGUGAUCAAAGAAAAACAAAACCGAUAUCAAGUCAUACUGUUGACCAAAGCAAUAUGGGUCAAUAUCAAUCAAAUUAUGGUCGCACCACUACACAUCAUUCACCAAGUCUACCCACAGUUCCAUGUCCGACUCACACUAAAACAAAUAGAGUUUCUAGUCCUACAAUUCUAAAUCGUAGCAAUCAUUUCGAAAGCUAUAACAAUGACUCUUCGAAUGUCGACAACAGACAGGAAUAUAUCAAUUCUACCUUUACACGGCCGACGGAAACCAAUAGCCCGUAUCCGUCAUAUGGACGUGGGUCAAGUUACGAAGAUAGGUCGACGGAUCGUGUUCCUUCAAGGUCUUCUAGUAGACAACAACCUCGACAUAAAACAAAUCACAACCAAUCUUUAAAAGCUGAUCGUGACAUCAAUGAAGGGUGUUGUACAAUUUUAUAACAAUUUCUAACUUUGGUUUUACUUCAGUUCAUACAAGUGAACUGAACUUGCCUGAUCAAAAAGUGGAAAAAUACUUCAGAGAAUUUCAAUGAACGUUAAAUGUUCAUUAAGACAUGUGUUCUUACAAUUGGUUUGCUUUUUAAUAUAAUUUGAAAAUUUUGCCUUUCGCUGAUUUUUAUAUUUUAUAUUAGACUUUUUUAUAUUCGAUAACUUAAGACUGGCAUAACUCGAGAUGCGUAGAUGGUGCAAACUAUAUUCAGAAAUUUGAAAUUGUGCAUCAUAAUUAAACACAUUGUGCUACACUUAACUAUGUGAUAGCCUAUAUUCACCAAAAUGCACGUUAUAUUGUUUGUUCAUACAAAAAAAUGAAAUUAAAAAAAAAAAUAACAAAAUAUGUGUUUUUUUAUGCUUUAUUCCUUUUAUGUUAA